AUGACAAACUGUCCCGAUGAUGCAAACAAAUGCAUAUGCCUUGCUGUUGAAUGCCCUCGGGUGUUUAAUUAUUCGGUUGCACUGAUGGAAGAUUGCUGGAUGGAGGAAUGCUUCAUUAGUAAAAGAGCCUUGGAUCAAUCCUCACUACUACAGGUUACAGUAGGAUAUAUUGUUAUUCUGUUAUUUGGCCUGCUUGGAAAUAUCCUAGCUAUAUCUGUAUUACGUCGUCAUCCUUUGAUGAAAACACAUAGCAGCAUUUAUAUAAUGAAUCUUGCUAUGGCUGAUCUUAUUACACUUUCUGUUGGACUUCCAUUCGAACUGAUUAUGAAUUGGAGCCAAUAUCCAUGGCCAUUUCCUGAUGUUUUUUGUAAUAUGAAAGCGCUUAUUGCUGAAACUACCAAUUACGCUUCCAUACUGACAAUUUUGCUCUUUUCUAUUGAACGAUACAUUGCUGUAUGCCAUCCGUUUGUGUUUGUGAAGAUCAAAUCUCUUCGACAAAAUGUGAACAAAAUAGUUUGUCUGACAUGGAUAGUGUCAAUAGUAUCAGCUUCACCCUUUGGAUUUUAUCACAGAGCUGACUAUAUGCUCAAAGAUUGGCCUGGUACUGAGAACGGUGUGCCGGUAAUCUCAUCGAAGAUGUGCAUGGUUGCUGUACUUUUUGAUCGCAGUUCCUUGGCAAUGUACAAAGUGAUAUUCCACAUGUCCGCUCAUCUAUUUUUCGUUAUACCACUUUCUACCAUAUUCGUACUUCAUAUACUUAUUGCUUUACAUGUCCGUUCAUCGAGGAGGGAUGUAAAGCGAUCCGACACCGUCGAUGAUGGACAUAUGAGGCUAACAAUUAUUUUGAGCAAUAUUGUAUUUGCCUUAUUCAUAUGUCAUUUACCAUUUCAAAUACAACGUUUGUUAUUUUUCUACAUGGAAAAUCAACAGACAAUGUCAACGUUGAAUCAGUAUCUGUUCUUCAUAUCAGGAUUUCUUUUCUACUUAGCGCCAAUUAUGAAUCCAAUUCUCUACAACGUGGUAUCAUCGAGGUUUCGAAAAGCUUCAAAAGAUGUUCUUUUGUCAGUUCUUUGUCCGGCAAGAUUGCCACGAGGCUCAACCAUGUAUCGACGGGCAUCGCUCAAAUACAUAAUGGCAUCUCGCAUAGAUCACCGCCCCGUUGGUGUCGCCCAAAGCAAUACACUUUGA